AGGAGCGGGAUUCAAAACGUCUAGCUCCGCCUCCGCUGCCUGUCAUCGCGGAAACAGAAACUAAACAUCAGCCAAAACAAAAUGGGUGCAUCGUUGGACACUCCGGCGAGGUGUCCUCUGUGCAACGAGCUGACAGGGUCCCCCGUCACCCUGAAGUGCAACCACCGCUUCUGCCAACGAUGUAUCGGGGACUUGUGGAGCGUCGCCCCGAACGGGCCGUACCACUGUCCGGAGUGGAGGUGUAAGACGGUGUACCAGACUCUGCCGUUUGACCGCAGCUUGAUACGGCCGCACAUCAACAGUCAGCGUGCUCAGCCUCCGAGCAGCGCAGGUGCAUCCAGUAACAAUGAGGGAAACACAUCUGAUCCAGCAUUGAGGAGGCCCUCAAUCACCAGCCGACUUCUUGGGAAGAGAAAGGCCAGCACACCCGCAGCAGAGCAACCUGACACAAAGCGAUCAACCGUGGAAGUGCCCCGAUCCAGUGAGCGGUCCAAUGACACCGAGACCCCAACCACUUCAUUCUCAAACUCCAUCUCAGAUAAACCCACGCAGUCGUCUACUGUGGAGACAUCUAUGGAGAUAGUGAACCCAGAAUCUACUCAGUCUGAGCGAAGUGAUGCAACAUCCUCCAGAAACAACAAAGCAGCACCUGAAGGUGAACGUGACGUCCCAGUCCAGCAGAAUGAGCAUAAAUACAAAAAAGUUGUCAUGUUGGAUGACUCUGACAGCUCUGAUGAAGUAGAUCUAUGUGAUGCACCUCCUCCUCCAACCCCCAAGAAAGAUGCACAAGUGACAGAAGAAUAUGCAGCUGCAAAGACACGUGAAUUACCUGCCAAGUCCUUUCCUGGGGCUUCAACUCCAGGUAAAGAUAAGCCUCCUACGAUGACCACCAAAUAUCCUGCAGCUGCAUCAGGAUCCCCAACACGUUUUGGAGUCUUCCACCGGUCGGAGAACAAAAGUACCUGCCCCGUACCCUGCCAUUACUGCCCUAAAACUGAGUAUCAGUCUGCUGUGAAGACUUGUCUUGUUUGCGGAGCUUCCAUGUGUAAAGAACACCUGCGUCCACACCUGGAAUCUCCUGUCUUUCAGAAUCACACCCUGGUCCCUCCAUUGGAGGACAUUUCUACCUGGAGGUGUCAGGAGCACCAGGAGAUAAACCGAAUCUACUGCCGACAGUGUGGAGUGUGUGUGUGCACAGUGUGUACUGUCAUCGGCUCUCAUCGAGACCAUGUCUGCAUCAGCAUCAGGGAGGCAGAGAGAGAGCUCAGGGGGAACCUAAAAGAAGAGAUCAAACAACUUCAGGAGGCUGAAGAGCAAAUGAAGAACAGAGUGACUGAACUCACGCAGAAGAAAGAGACCUUCAAAGUGGUUUUAAGUGAGGCCCGAGCAGGGGUGCUGCAGCAGUACGGAGCCAUCAGAGAGGCCCUGGAGCAGGAGGAGCAAUCGGCUCUUCAGUGUGUGACGAAGGAGGAGAGCAGGGUUCUGGGGGGGCUAGAGGAGAAACUCGGCCACCUCAGGAGCUCCCUGCAGUCCAUCCAGCAGGGCCUCCACACGCUGGAGGGGCUAGCUGAUGCCAAGGGAGACAAACGCAUUCAGGACCAGGCUUUCAUUAUGGAAUACAGCAAAACUACCCAACUGGCUAGUCACAUGGGGAACUGCGUGGACCAGUUUGUGGCUCCAGAGGAAGUAGACCGAGCCCGGCUGAGAUGUCUGCAGCAGUGGACCGAGAAACGGUUGGACACGGUUGUUAUCACCAUGCCAGGAAAAGACAGAGACCUCUACAGACUGCUCUAUGGUAGCGUCCCCUCCUUGGAUGCAGAUACAGCCCAUCCCAAGCUGCACCUGUCUGAUAACAACAGAAAGGUGACCUACAGCGAAUUCCAGCAGGCCUACACAGACCAUGAGGCUCGCUUCAGCUCCUUCCCACAGGUCCUGGCCUCCUGCGCCCUGGAGGGGGGUCGCUGGUACUGGGAAGUAAAUGUGGCUGUGGAUGAGGGCCGCUGGAAGGUGGGGCUGUGUGAGGGUCAGAUGGAGAGGAAAGGACAGAAGGAUAACUCUCGUCUGGGAUUCAACUCCUUUUCCUGGUGCCUGGCCUGUGACAGAAAGAAGGUGGAAGCUCUGCAUAACAAGGUGGCAGCUCCUGUGGAUGCAGACCAGCUGCAGAAGGUUGGAGUGUUCCUCGACUUUGAAGAGGGUAUUUUAUCAUUCUUUAAUGUGGCACCAGGGGGCAGUCUAGCUUUAAUGCAUUCCUUCAAGCACAGGUUUGCUGAUCCUCUUUACCCAGCCUUGUCUGUGUCUAAAACACACCUGGCCAUCUGUGAUCUGUUCCAGUCAUAAACCAUAAAAUGCUGGCAUGUCAGUUCUGCUGAAUAUUAGAGAAUACAUGAAAGUGCUGUGCCUUUUCAUAACCCAGAUUCCAAAAAAGUUGGGAUGCUGUGUAAGAUGUAAAUAAAAGGGGAAUGCAAUCAUUUGCAAACAGAAUGUCAGAAUCAGCAUAUAUUGAAGUUGAUGAAGUAAAAUAUUAUUCAGAUUGUUUUUGUACUUUUUUUCAAAGAGUUUAAUCAAAAAAUAGAUCAGCAAAUGUCAGAGCAGCAGUGUUUUCUAGAGAAAGAUUUUUCAGUUUUACUUGGCAUGUCAGUGCAGAAGGGAUUUGCAUUGCCAUUUCAACAGGGCGACCUCAUGAAGGUGUGUCUGUAUCUAAUGAUGUGCUUGUCUUGUUUAAUGGUCUAAGAAGCAACUGUAAAUUCUGCUGCUUCUGCGGCACUACCAAAAAGUAACUGCUAAGAAAAUCCACUAAUCUGGUGGCAUGUAAUCUGAUUAAUUUCCCUUAAAUGUUUCUCACAAAAGUCCUUUUGUUAUCUAGUUAUUUAAAAGCUUUAAAUAUGGAGCAGCAAAAUCAGGAAAAGUUGUGUGUUCACCUCAGAGAGGGUCCAUCC